AUGAGGUCAUUGUUAAUCUUAGACAAAAUGUUGUUUGUUGUGUUCAUCUGUGCAGCACAGGCCAUGAACAAUAGAAAUAAGGACUGGUUCCUUUUAGAUAAACAAGACAACAUUCCUGAAUUCUCAGAAUACACAAAUGGCGAUACUGUUCCCGUUACUUGCAUCCAGCGACGAAUCGAUGGUGGCAUUCAUAAGAUCGAUGCUCGAAAAAAUAUCAUCUUCAAAGGUUUCCCCAAAUGUAAAGAGACCAACGAUUUUUUGAGAUUCAGCUACAAGACCAACCAAGAUUUCACAUGCACCAUCCAUCUUGCUGAUGAGCUUUUCCACUUAUUUCAGCUUUACAUCCAUGAAGACGCUCCCUUUUCAUGCCGUUUGCCAAUUAUCAAAGAAAAGAAGACCGCAGAUAAACACGGUCUUUCGGUUCCCUUGACAUUCAACUUCCGGGGAAGAAGUUCAGAAAAUUAUAUAGAUAUCGACAACAAUAUGAACGUUAUCGUCCAAGCUCCUUCUGGCUAUAAUUCUAUCGUGUCCGCAGUUGGAUGGAGCUCGGGCACAAACUUGACCAGGGUUAUUGUCGGUGACUAUCUCCCGCUACAUUUUUCGGUCAGAUGGCUUCACAAUGCUGAGCCAAAAUAUUCUAAUAACAUUGAAACUCCAUUCACUGAUGGAUUUUACGCAUUGCCAAAUUCCGUGUCUUAUAAUUUUGGCAAACAAUUGACACUAGUAGGGUUGGUCAUUGGUAUACUAUCCAGUAUCAUUACUUAUUAUAUAUCUUACAACUUCUUGUUGAAAAAAACCAAAAAAUUCGGAUUUCCGGUGCCUAACAAAUUCGAAGAUGGUGGCGAAAAUGGAUUAGUGAAAAAAGAUUAA